AAACACAUUCGCGUUCUUGAUCUCCAAAAUUCGCACUCUCUCUGUCGCCUACAAUGCGCUUUACAACUAUAUAUCUGAGCUUGGCUCUGGCCAUGCUACUCUCGCAACCGUUUGAAGCGACCGCUUCCAAUUUGGUUUGCUUCUACGAUUCGCGGGGCUUUGAGCGGGAAGGUCUCGCUCAGUUCACACUCGCCGACAUGGAAUUGGCGAUGCAAUUCUGCACGCACGUGAUCUACGGCUAUGCGGGCCUUGAUGCCAAAACACUUGAGCUGCAAGUCCUAAAUCAGCCACUGGACUUACAGAAGCGCCACUUCGCAAGCGUCACAGCCCUGAAGCAGAAAUUUCCAUAUAUCAAGGUACUUCUGAGUGUGGGUGGCGAUCGUGAUUUGGAGAAUGAGGAAAAGUAUAUAAAGCUGUUGGAGGCCGGUCGUCAGAAUCAGAACCGCUUCAUUGAAUCGGCCCUCGAAACUGUGCGUCGUUUUGACUUUGAUGGCUUGGAUCUCGCCUUCCAGCUGCCGCGCAAUAAGCCUCGCAAAGUACACUCCGAUGCGGGUAUGGCGUGGAAGAGCUUCAAGAAAUUUUUCACUGGCGACUUUAUUGUGGAUGAGGAGGCCGAUACGCACCGGGAGCAGUUCACAGACUUGGUCCGGGACUUGAGCCAUGCUAUUAAACAAUACGAUCUAUUGCUCAGUCUGACCGUUCUGCCCAAUGUUAAUUCUAGCUGGUACUAUGAUGCACCAAGCAUCAUCAAUUUUCUGGAUAUUGUGAACCUUGGCACUUUUGACUUCCUUACGCCCACUCGCAAUCCCGAAGAGGCCGACUACACAGCUCCCUUGUAUGAGGUGCUCACCCAAAACCGUCUGGGUCACUACAACGUCAACUACCAAAUGGAGCAUUGGCUCUUGCAACGUGUGCCGCUAAAUAAGCUGAACAUCGGGAUUGCUAGCUAUGGUCGCGCCUGGAAGCUGACCAAGGACUCUGGCGUUGAAGGAACACCUGUGGUGUCGGCUACCGAUGGACCUGCACCCGCGGGCGUGCAGACGAAGACACCUGGUCUGCUCAACUGGGCCGAGAUCUGUCAGUUGCUGCCCAAUCCAGGCAAUGCGAACGCCAAAGGAAAUGCCGCACCUGUGCGUCGCGUCGGCGAUCCCACCAAACGCUAUGGCAACUAUGCCUUCCGUGCCGCCGAUGAGAACGGCGAUUACGGCCUGUGGAUCAGCUAUGAGGAUCCCGAUACUGCGGCCAGUAAGGCGCAAUAUGUGCGGGCCAAGAAUCUAGGUGGCGUGGCGCUGUUCGAUCUGACGCUGGAUGAUUUCCGUGGCCAGUGCACUGGCGAUCGCUUCCCCAUGCUGCGCGCCAUCAAAUAUCGAUUGCUUUAAUGAAGACAUCCAUUCACGCAAAUGUCAGAUGAGCCAAAUGUCACAGAGCUCUUGUGGAUGGCAUGAGUAGAGCAUAGACCCUUUUGCAAAUUAAUUACAAAGUUGUAAACUAAAAUGCGCCGCAAA